AACGUGGCUCAUAUAUCCCUUCUCGCGCCCGUGGGAUAGCGAUUGGACAGGGCACGAUGUUUCUCCCAUCAGAAUCUCCUCGGUGCCCUGACCUUGGACAGCGCCCGCCCUUACCCGACAGUCCUUAAAUAUCGCUCUCCAUGGACCCGCUCGCCAGCCGGUACAGUUCCUGCUCUCUUUCCAUAUGGUCAACGCGCUCCUGCUUGUCGGCCUCCUGCCCUUUGCAGCUGCCUAUCCGUGGCCUGUGGAGUCCGCUUCCUCGUAUGCCGGCGCGACGAGCAGCGGCGUGUACCCUCCUCCUGGCGCGACGAUUACGACGUAUGAGACCUAUUUCCCGGAUGAGGAGCAAGUGGGCUUCGUAGGACCUACCCCGACCGGUGCUGAACCUGAGGCCAUCCAGACCGCCCCUGCUGCACCUGUCAAGUCGGAUACGUACCCGCUCAUCAAUCCCUACACCUCAAGCGAAGGAAAGCAAGCGAGUUUCAACCCCAUGCGCUACUGGGGUAACCUCUCGCCCUGGUGGUCAGUCGGGGGAGCAUUCGGUCUCCCUGACACGUCCCCUCAGGUGCCGGAGGGCUGCGAGCUCGUGCAGGUGCAUCUUGUCCAGCGCCACGGCGCCCGGUACCCCACGUCCGGCUCGGGACCCAGCGAAUUCGCGGCGUUAAUUCAAUCCAUCGCGGAUAGCGCGGGCUUCACUGCCUCUGGCCCACUGGAAUUUCUGAACACAUGGACGUACAAGCUUGGAGCAGAAAUCCUCACGCCGUUUGGUAGGCAGCAACUGUAUGACCUCGGAGUUGCAUUCAGGGUGAAGUACGGCGAGCUGUUGAAUGGCUUCACAAAGCUGCCAGUGUUUCGUACGACGUCUGAAUCACGUAUGGUCCAGUCUGCGCUGAACUGGGCAGCCGGCUUCUUCGGCGUGCAGGAAUAUUCAACCUCUUACUAUCAGUCGAUCAUCAUCGAGGAGUCAGGCUACAACAAUUCUCUCGCGCCCUGGAACGACUGCGCCAAUGCCAACAACGAUAUCUACGAGUUGGGCUUCUGGGCUGAAGGGAACUGGACUGAGAUUUACCUCAAGGACGCCGUGGAGCGUCUACAGCAACACAUCGAUGGUGUCGCGCUGGAUGCAAGCAUUGUGCACGAUAUGCAGGAGAUGUGUGCUUGCGAGACCGUCUCAAUUGGAUACUCGGAGUUUUGCGACUUGUUCACGGAGGAGGAGUGGAAGGGUUUCGAAUACGGGCUGGAUCUGGAAUUCUGGUAUAGCGACGGCCCCGGCAACCCGACUGGUGCUGCGCAGGGCGUCGGCUACGUCCAAGAGCUUGUCGCGCGAUUGACGCAGACGCCUAUCACGAAGUUCGACACGUCCAUCAACGGCACGCUUGACGGAAACAACAUCACUUUUCCGCUUGACCAGCCAAUCUUCAUGGACGCUACCCAUGAUACAGUGAUCGCUUCCAUUGCGACUGCGAUGAACUUCACAACGAUGACUGCGAACGGCCCGCUGCCAAUCGACUACAUCCCCGCAGACCAGACUUACCACACGCAACUCAUUGCGCCUUUUGCCUCGAACCUCGUCGGACAGGUCAUGAGCUGCCCCGUCUCAUCCGGCUCCUCACAGAAGGAGAAAUACAUCCGUUGGCUGCUGAACGACGGCGCGGUCCCGCUCACGGGCAUCGCGCACUGUGAGACGCCGAACAAGGACGGUUUGUGCCUGUUGGAGAACUUUAUUGAGGGCAUGCAGCAACGCAUCGAGGAGGUCGACUACCAGUUUGAUUGCUUUGGGAGCUACCCGCUGCCGUGGCCCAAUGACCCCCUCACCAAUGGGCGACCUAUUGUCCAGUGAUUGACCACGGUUGGUGCAGAGGAGGAUUGAUUUGUUACGAGGGGCUUGUGCUUGGAAGACGUGACGAUAUGCGAGCGUCACGGGGAUGUGUAUGUCACAGGCGACAGAAUGAACUUGCUGCUUGCGAGCGCUAUGUAGGCCACCGGCGUUCUGUGUCUGCGGUUAUUUGGUUCCGUCGGAUGGCGCCCAAUGUCCUGAUAAUCGUUGAGCUUCUUUUCGGCAUCUUGACAAUGCAACCAGCGUUCCUUGAUUGUGCUAGCUUGCCGAUUCCCACCACUAU